AUGUCUCUGUGUUCACCUUACUCCCUUCCACAGCAGCUAACGCUCCAGUCCUUGAGACCUACCGAGCUUCUAUGGGCCAUAGCAACUGGCCUGUCCGAUUUGCCUAUGGCAACCAAAGCCUUCCACGUCUACCUCCAGUCACUCAGUGGUGGCCUUCCACCAAAUCUUGGUUCAUCGGUCAUGUCCAACACACCGAACCCGGUGCAGCAGGAAGACCGAGGAGACAGCCGCCUCCCCUGCUCGACUCCUGCUGACUGUGGAACUGAGCUGGAGCCGCGUAGCCAUGGUGACGGUGGCAGUCGGCCGACAGCCCGGGAGGGGGUCGGGGAGAGGGAAGAGGGAGCCAGAAGCCGGGCGGAGGCCUCCUGCCGGGGAUGGGCAAACGGGUUUCUGGAAACCGCUCCUGGGGGAGGGGCACGUGGGGAGGGAGCGCUCCCCUCCCCGCGAAGCCGGGCACCCUGCCGCGCCGCCCACCUGCCUUCCCCGCCUCCUCCCCUGACUCACCACGCAGCACCGCCAUCUCUUCGCCCACGUGCCCCCCUGGGACGCCCUUAUCCGUGGACACUGCUUGACAAGGAGGGCGGAGGGGCCUCAGCCCAUCACUUGCAAGGUACUGGGCGCCCCAAGACCGUCCAGUGUGCCCUGAAGGCCACUCCCGCUCCAGUCUCUCGCCGGCUUCCCCAGGCUCCCAGCAUAAACACGAACUUGACUCCAGUCCUGCCUCCUGCCUGGUCACCUGACCUUUCUGCCCUGGGCCACCCUGGUGGUCUUCCCAUUUCCUGGGCUCUCCCUCACAGCCAUUGCCCGGGCCCUCUUCUCCACCUGGGAUGCCCUCACUUCCAUCCUGCGUUUGCCCCUUCAGGUAUAAGCCCAAACAUCGCUUUUCCAGGACAGCCUGUCCUAUUCCCACCCCACCCAGGCGGGUCACCUCGGUCACUCCAGUCACUCCGCCCUGCAGGACCCAGGAACUCUUUGUAGCAUUCCUCUCAGCUGCUAUGUCUUGGCAGGAGGCCUCUCCUCCCCGCUGGACUGGAAGGGCCAGGAGGGCAGAGCCAGGCCUCCUCUCUGCACCUUGGAUUCCCCAAAUUUUGUACAAUGUCUGGCAGAAGAUCCUCACUCAAAAAAUGUUGGAAGGGAGGAAAGAAAAGAGGGAAGGAGGAAGGAGGGAGGGAGAGAGGGAAAAAGGAAGAAAGGGAGAAAGGAGACAUCAUUUUGCCCUUCUGGGCAAGGAGCUGAUGGAGUGUGCCGCCUUGCACCUGCCCCAGCUGGGAGGUAGAAAUCAAAGUGGUGAUUCCCCUCCCCUGCUGCUCUUCCAGCUGACCAGGGGCUAAGGUGAUGGUGAAAAUACUAUGAGUAUUAAGGGCUGUGGGCUUCUCGA